GAAAACUGAUCAGUUCUAACCGAUUUUUAAGACAUCUAACACCUUUAUUCUUAUAUUAGAGCUAACAAUGAUAGAAAUGCGAAGUGUUUAUUUCGGAACUCUUUUAGUGGCGCUAUUUCCCAACUGCUAUGCCACGAACGAUAUUUGUGAUGGUUUAGAAGAUGGCACACGCGUCCCUUCCAAUCUUCAAUGUGAUAGUUUCAUAAUUUGUAAGGGUCAGCGAAUUUUCUCGGUUGGUAGAUGCCCUCGUGGAUUGCAUUUCAAUCGUCGCCUUGCCGUUUGCGAUUUAAAGCGGCGUGCUCGGUGUGAUGGGGCUUUGAUACUGCCAAACCUCGACAUAAGGUCGGAGACAAGGGAAUGUUCCAGUGAUUGUUGCGGCUGUUGUAAUUGUUGCAGCUCGACACCCAUUCCUUCUGCAUGCUCUGAUGCGCGUUUAGUUCCCGUCAUAUCAUCUCCCCCUGGUGUACCAUCAACCGGCCCUUCAGGUACUACUUGCAAUAACAAAGGUGUAUGUGAAAAUCAACCCGAUGGUGCCAUGUUCCCUGAUCCUUCAUCUAACGGCUAUAUAGUAUGCCAGUGUGAGUGUGAAAUUCCAAUGCCCUGUCCCGAGGGUUUAACCUUCAAUCCAGUACUGAAAGUUUGUGAUUGGCCGAAAAGUUCCACAGGAACACCAAGCACUAAAUCUACAACAUCAACUUCAGUUACGACUUCCACACCAAGUGAUUCGUCCCCAUUAAACACAUCCUCAAGUCCAAUUGGUACAACUCCUUCGGAUACUUCCUCAACGUCAAUUAACACUACUCCAUUGGAAACUACAUCAACGCCAAUUGGGUCAUCUAGUCCAGGCACAUCCUCAACACCUACUGAUUCAACCACCUUACCAACGCCUUCAACGCCAAGUAGCCCAGCCACAGGUCCAUCAGGUACUACUUGCAAUAAAAAAGGUGUAUGUGAUAAUCAACCCGAUGGUGCCAUGUUCCCUGAUCCUUCAUCUAACGGCUAUAUAGUAUGCCAGUGUGAGUGUGAAAUUCCAAUGCCCUGUCCCGAGGGUUUAACCUUCAAUACAGUGCUGAAAGUUUGUGAUUGGCCGAAAAGCUCCACAGGAACACCAAACACUAUAUCUACAAGAUCAACCACCUUACCCACGCCUUCAACGCCAAGUAACCCAGCCACAGGUCCAUCAGGUACUACUUGCAAUAACAAAGGUGUAUGUGAUAAUCAACCCGAUGGUGCCAUGUUCCCUGAUCCUUCAUCUAACGGCUAUAUAGUAUGCCAGUGUGAGUGUGAAAUUCCAAUGCCCUGUCCCGAGGGUUUAACCUUCAAUACAGUGCUGAAAGUUUGUGAUUGGCCGAAAAGCUCCACAGGAACACCAAACACUAUAUCUACAAGAUCAACUUCAGUUACGACUUCCACACCAAGUGAUUCAUCCCCAUUAGACACAUCCUCAAGUCCAAUUGGUACAACUCCUUCGGAUACUUCCUCAACGUCAAUUAACACUACUCCAUUGGAAACUACAUCAACGCCAAUUGGGUCAUCUAGUCCAGGCACAUCCUCAACACCUACUGAUUCAACCACCUUACCAACGCCUUCAACGCCAAGUAGCCCAGCCACAGGUCCAUCAGGUACUACUUGCAAUAAAAAAGGUGUAUGUGAUAAUCAACCCGAUGGUGCCAUGUUCCCUGAUCCUUCAUCUAACGGAUAUAUAGUAUGCCAGUGUGAGUGUGAAAUUCCAAUGCCCUGUCCCGAGGGUUUAACCUUCAAUACAGUGUUGAAAGUUUGUGAUUGGCCAAAAAGCUCCACAGGAACACCAAACACUAUAUCUACAAGAUCAACCACCUUACCCACGCCUUCAACGCCAAGUAACCCAGCCACAGGUCCAUCAGGUACUACUUGCAAUAACAAAGGUGUAUGUGAUAAUCAACCCGAUGGUGCCAUGUUCCCUGAUCCUUCAUCCAACGGCUAUAUAGUAUGCCAGUGUGAGUGUGAAAUGCCAAUGCCCUGCCCCGAGGGUUUAACCUUCAAUCUAGUGCUGAAAGUUUGUGAUUGGCCGAAAAGCUCCACAGGAACACCAAACACUAUAUCUACAAGAUCAACCACCUUACCCACGCCUUCAACGCCAAGUAGCCCAGCCACAGGUCCAUCAGGUACUACUUGCAAUAACAAAGGUGUAUGUGAUAAUCAACCCGAUGGUGCCAUGUUCCCUGAUCCUUCAUCCAACGGCUAUAUAGUAUGCCAGUGUGAGUGUGAAAUUCCAAUGCCCUGUCCCGAGGGUUUAACCUUCAAUCCAGUGCUGAAAGUUUGUGAUUGGCCUCGCAACAUUGCAUCCACCGGCUCGUUGGGUACUGCCUGUAAUAAAAAGGGUAAAUGUGAGGGUCAGCAAGAUGGCACUCUAUUUGCAGAUCCCGAUUCAAGUGGCUAUAUAAUGUGUGAACGCGAAUGUGAGGUACCUAGGCUAUGCCCAAAUGGUUUAGCAUUUAAUCCAAAUGUGAUGGUAUGUGACUGGCCUCAGGUGUAUGUUUAAAAUAAAUAAAAAUAUAUAUAUGUACAUAUCAAUCCGCUGAAUUAA